AUUUCAGCAUCUCUUUUGUCUGCCUAAGCAUGUUUCGCCCCAAGAAGAGUCUAAAGUUGAUCUGUUUCACGAACGGCACAAUCAUACCACCCAAUGAUGGAUACUAAGAUCGAGAUCGGGCAGGAGAACAUUUAUUACGAAAUGGAAUCUAAACAGGAACAUAACGCCGAAACCUGUGACAGUGUAGUUUUCGGAUAGGAAACUCCAAAGAUAAAACCAAACGUGGAAACACAGCCGUAUAAAGAAGCAUAACCCAUUAUUCUUUAUCGCAUCUGCCAUCGCUGUUGCUUCGCUCUUAACAGCCCUUGCCACUUUGGUUUUAGCUGUGGCAAUCAUGACGACACGGAGCGAGGUUUCAACAGGUAUGGCUACCAUUGCUCCUUCCUGUUGUAAGUAAACAUUCGUAGGUCUUGAUUCGUUGAAAUUUUAAAAGUGGCAUUAGUGAAACGCGUACGACAUGAUAAAGCGAACAAUAAUUUACUUCGGUCUCGACUCCAUUUAAUAUCCUGUCCGAAGAGAAAACUAGAGAAACUUUUUCGAUAUGAUUUGAGUAUUUUUAUUAUUAAGAUUCCACGAAAUUGGGUCAAUAAAAGCCACGUUAUUUUUUAGUAAAAAGCCCAAUUUAUCAACCAACUACUAUCGCAUAAAAUUUUCAUCUCCAAAUUAAAAAAUAACUUCUUGAAGAAUUUUGUACAGAGUUUGAAAUAUUUGACCUUUAUUUACUAGAGCUUUCUCCGCACUGAUGAUUAGUAUAGGAUUUCAAGUCCAAGAAAAUGACAUUGCUUACAAGGGGCAAUCCGUCUAUCGUGGUACUUAGUCGUAAUCAUGAACAACAUAUUAUGUCUGCAUGAUUUGAUAUUUAGAUGAGGCUAAGUUGUGACAACUGAGCGUUGAAAAACAUAUCUCUUUAACAGUAAAUUCGUUUGCUCACAUACAACUAGGAUCCGCGAGUGUGGCACAUCCAGCAUAUUGCUGUAAAAAUACAUUAAUUAUUCUUGAUCGAAACGCCAGUUUAAAAAGAGAAAAAUAAAUAACUGAAAACCCCAUCACUCUUGGAUUGAUAAAUCACAUGUAUGGGAUUGUGUGCAAUGGCCUUAUUUAUUGCUAUCUCAAACACGCGAGGGAUGAAAGCGAAACAAAGAAAAUGUUCGACAAAUAGUCAUGAGAUUUAUUUGUUUUGAAAUAUCACACAAGAAAAACAAAGGGUUAUGACUUAAGGUUUGCGCAUGUUAAAUCCAUUCUAGCUUAAUCUCUCCCGGCCCGUCUUUAAAGUGGACAAAGAAUUCAUUACGCUGAGAAAUUUAAUCUUAACACAAAAUGUGUAAUGUGGAAAAAAAAAAAAAAAAAAAGAACGCGUGGAGACAAGAAGAAAUGCCAGCAGCGGUAAAGCAGAGAGGGUGCCAGCUGUCAGCCUGGCUCACAUCCGGCAAUACCGUGUCCGCAUGUAGACAUACUGUUUCGAAUGAGAUCAGCCAUCUCUGCAUUCACAUCACCCCGUGAUCAAAAUCAUCGCCAUCUCCGCCUGCGUAAGGAGAACUUCACCAUCAUCGUUCCUAUCUGAACAAAAUAUAUAAUUAGUGCUAACAGGAAGUAUCAUUUGGACGUUGCCGCUUUGGAUUAGUGAGAUGGAUUAGUCUACGCGGGGUGAUUUACUCGCUUUGAGUUGUCGAUAUCCUUUACAGUAUCCAUUUACAAACAGGCCUGGAUCAUAAAAAAGGCCAACACGAGGGUUAGAUCAGUCAAAAUAUUUCCGAAUGUGUUCUUACUUUAAAACCCAGCCUCAGCUUAUUAUAUAUUGUCGCCAAUUAUCACUUUGACUGAAAUAGAAACAUACUUCGAAAGUGAAAGAAAAUGUGGUGAUUAACCGGCCAAAACGUGUCCGUACACAUUCCAAAAUUGAUCAGCUUCAAUUACUCUAGUUUCUUUAAUUGUAUGCCUCAGAAAUUUGUUGAAUGCAGCAUUUAAUAAAUGAUCCAAGAUAUUUUUUCCAUGAGAUUUUUCGAAGGCUAAUGAUACUUUUUUUAUUUCAAAAUUGUUACACUAUUUUAAUUCAAUUCAUUUUGUUUACAUUUUCUAUGUUUUUCUUCUUGUCUCCCCUUUUCUAGAAACGUCAGAACUUCAAAAGAAUAUGCAAGAGUUGGUUUGGAACCUCUCUGCAUUAAGAGAUUACUCGGUAGGAGUAAUUCUUAAUCAUUAGCAGUGGUCAGUUAAAAGCAAAAGUGCACUGAUGUGAAAUAAAUGGAUACAUAUAUGUACAUAAGACUAAAGGCCCCAAAAGGACUUUAACUCCCUGAUUGUUAGUAAUGGUACAGAAAUAUACAUAUUUUAAACAGAGCUUUAAUAAUUCCCUGCAGCGCAAGCUGGAGGCAUCGUUUUUGUGUUAACAACACUGCAUUUCUUCUGCUUUAACUUCUUCAAUGUGGUGAUCUAAAUUUAUUUCUAAUCCGAGACUGUUGUGUGCCUGGGGGAGCCUGAUAAAUGUUACUAUAGGUCAUCUUAAGUGUCAUUCUCACAGACAUUAUCAGUGUUCUUCUAAUUUUUUUAACCAUAUUUGGAAGAAUAGCAGGUGCGAACCUUAUCAUGCAAAUUGCACAACUAUAUAGCCAUCAUCGUCAUUAAAUCAUUAUGAAUAAGAAAUGAGAAGAGAGCUUCAUUCUACAAAGAAACUUGAUCAGGAAUAUUGCAUUUUUUACUUUUAUAGGUUCCAGGGGAUGUAAAAGAACUGAAGAAAAACGUAAGUAAACCAUUCAUUCACCUCCUUUAAUAAUCGUAAUGAUCAUCUUAAUCUUAAUUAUAACAAUAAUGAUAAUGAUCGUAAAUCAUCAAUAACAGUCAACCAUUCAUUAAAAAAAUGAUAUGAUGUUGAAUACUCCUUAUGUUAGGUCUCAGCAGAGUUGGAGGAGCUAGCGAUAAAGGCAAGUUUAAAUUCAUCUAUUUCCAGUUCCAUUUAUAUUAGGAAAAAAAGUUACUAUAGGUGCACUUAGUUUAAUAUGAGUUUCUUACUUUAUGGUAGAUUAAAAAAGAAAUGGAAAACAUGAAAAACGAGGUAAGUUUCAACAUUAACAUUACGGAUGUAUCGUUAUCUGAAUAUCUCACUGUUACAGUCUUUAUCAUCCUUAUGUUCAAAAGCAAAACGUGGACUGAUUUACUUACUUCACCAACUUUAGUAGGCCCACUAAUUCCCUAACACAAUAAUUUGGCCCAUUUUAUUUUUUUAGGGCAAAAAUACAGAGCUGAAGGAUAUUCGUCUCGCAGUAAGGGAUGCUGCCCAAACUUUGACUGGUCUGAACACAAGCGUAAAUGAGAGGUUUCUGCAUUUUCAACAAAGAAUCAUGCAACUGGAUCAAAAGGUACAUAUACCUGAAUGUAUUUUGGGUGCCAUUUCGUACCGAAUUUUGAAUCAACCUCUGACUGACCUUUGACUUUCACUGUCACAGUCACUGUAACUGUCACUGUCACUGUCACUAUUACCGUCACUUUCACUGUUACUUUUACCGUCACUGUCACUUUCAUUUUCAUAGUCAUUGACACUGUCACUUUCUCAGUCACCGUCACUUUCACUUUUGCUCUAACUGUCACUUUCUCUGUCACUGUCAUUGUCCCUGUCAUUUUCAUUGUAAUUGCUGCAGUUGGCAUUGUCAUUACAAUUGUCAUUGUUGUCAUCAUUGUAAUGGUUACUGUGAAUAUCAUUGUUGUUGUUGUUUUUUUUUCUAAUUGAAUAGGUGAAAAAUACUACUGGCAGCACGAGUGUCAGAGGACCACCUGGAGUCAACGGUACUAGUGGUGACGUUGGACCUGCCGGACCUGCCGGACCCGCCGGACCUCCAGGAUAUAAUGGUUCAAGGGGUGACAUUGGACUUGUCGGACCUGCUGGACCUGCUGGACCUGCCGGACCUCCCGGACCUCCGGGAUAUAAUGGUACUCAGGGCCCUGCAGGACCGUCUGGACUACCUGGUGUUCAGGGUCUUCGUGGACCAUCUGGGUUCAAUGGCACCCAGGGUCCGCCUGGACCCGGGGCCAGUUCCUGUGUUUUUAAGACUUUAUCUAGCCCUGGCAUGGGAGCAAGCUCGUUCUCCCGAGAAGAAGUUACAGCGACGGAACAAAACGUAUGUUGAGUUCAAGAUUGUGAAAGUUGAUUCUGUUUGAUUCUGUUUGAUUCUGACAAGAAAAUAACUAUUAAAAAUAUUAAAUAUUAUAUUAGUAAAUAUUAUACUUAUUGAAAAUUACUUUACGAAUUAUUAACACUUAUGACAAUAUUUACCGGUUCAAGGAGUUAUCCAAAUGUCCUAAAGCCUCCCUUAAAGUCAGAAAGUUGAGCCAUAGGCUGCAUCGAUUUUGAGAAUCAAAGCUAAUUUCCUCUCUUUUAAGUCUUAAAUCUCCAUCAUUAUGAGACAAAAAAAAAAUAGGAAACCUUAAACAACUUGUUUCGAAAUGCAGCACAAACUUGUUCAAAAAGUUCAUUUUUCUGUCCAAUUUUAAGAUAACUUUUUUAUUUUUUAUUUAUUUAUUUAUUUUGACAAUUUCAUACCUUUCAGUGUAUUUACAGUUAUUUCUUUAAUCCCACACGAAGCAAUGACAUUCUUGGCUCGUCAUGGAACAAAAAACGUUUACAAAUAUCAGUUUUUUCAAAAUAUUCGUUAGCCCGGUUUUAUGACUCUGUAUCUUGCCCUAUGAGAGACAAUGAAAAUCGAUUUUACAAGAACGACCUGCUCACUGAGGGAACUAGUUGUCCAGCGUACAUUUAAAGGCCAGUGUUAGAAAAUACGUGGAUUUUUCUCUUCUUACGUUCCUAGACGUGUAGGCUGUAUCUGUGAUAUCCGAUUUCGGCAUAGAAAACUCACAGUAAGAAUUGCCCAGAUUGUAGGCGUUGGCUUUCGCCACGUCGUGUGUACACCCAUUGAAGAGGAAAGAAAUGUUUUGCUCUUCCACAUUUCGAACACUUGAUGUAGUCUUUCAUUAUCAUCAGUAUCGUUUUUAUUAUCUUUUUUCCUGCCAGGGUAAAAUCUUUAUUGGCGUAAACUGUGAUACAAACGACGCAAAAACUGCUAAAUUAUCAAGCGUCGACUCAGGUGGAAAGAGAACCUACAAGUGCUCUUGCGAAGGUACCCUAACAACUGGAGAACCAACGAUGUAUUGCUACAUGCACUACUGGGAGUGUAAGUCAUAAGAGGAAAAACGGAAAACCAUGUAAUGAACAGGAGAAAUGUAACGAAGAUAAUACAGUGUUGAUUCAGAAACGAGACGAAGAACAAUUUAGUGGUUUGACGUUAAUUCUGUUUUUCAAAUAUGCCCAGUGAACUGGGAUUUCUUUGAGAGGGCAUUUCAGUUGAGUGUUGUAAAAGCAAAAUCAAAGGAAAGUCAAAGGAGCAUAAUCAGGAGAAGGAGUAACAACAGGUUGUAUGCCCUUAGUGCGAGAAAACGCAAUAAACCAAGAUCGCGAUUGGAUUUAGUUUUCAAUCUGGCUGAUUUAAAGUAUGGUGUGAGUUUCAGUUCUACACCAAUCAUAUUGCGAAGCGAGGCAAAACCAAAGCAAAGUAGCAUUACUUUCCACACUCAGUAGGAAAUCACCCUAUUUAGCGACAUUGCGUUUACUUUACCUGAUGUCGAAGUAACAAUUCAAAGAUAUCUAUAAUUGAAUAGGCUGAGACUUUGCUGUCAUCCAUACUCAUUUAGAGGUGUACAUGAUUUCUUCAAUCAGAAACUCAGUUUCUUAUUCACCAGUAACUUUCGCGCCCGUCGUUUUUGCCCUUGCUUUAUUUACCUUCUUACCACUCGGUCAAUACUGCAAAUAAUUAUCUUGAGUCUUUUCCCGUAGAGACUUUGUCCAUGCUUUCAUCAGGGGCUUAUCCGGGAUUUUUCAAAAAAGGCUCACAGCGUCAAACAAAGGAUACUCACCAGAGUCAUAUCGACCUUCACGCCGCGAUCUGUUUAUUAUAACCUAAAACAAAGGCGGGGAGGGGGG